CCUUUCACACCCAUCGCUCUUCGCAGCACAUCAGUACCAAUACUAUUGUUGUUGCCUACUUUUCUAUUCGUUACCUCAGCCUAUACUGUACCGUGCUAUCUGUUUGUUGCUGCGCCCUUCGGCUCCCCUCGCAAAUACCAGCUGGUUCCCCUCCACCCUCCAAGAGAAAAUAAAAAUCAGACUCGUUUCCCCCGCCCUUGCCCAGUGUGAUUCAGUACCGUACACUCCCUCGGCUCCUCAUCUCGCUUCCGGUUCUCGAAGCUGACCGUUGCUCCUGCAAUCCCCCCCACAUUUAUCGUAACCCUAACCCCCCCGCCUGUUACCUCCCCUCCUCCUUAUUACCCUCGACAUCCCCAUUUUGUUUGCCCUCAUCAUAAGGCUAUAGACCCACUUUCCACACAUCCCGGAUCAUGACAUCCCAUCAACAGGCCCCUGUUGUCGUCCAGCGACAACAAAGCUCCCGCCACCAACGGCAAUCCUCUUCCCCUUCCAAACCCACAACUCCGUCCCGACCGGUCGAUCAAAACUCAUUACGCCCACCAUCCUCUCGCCAUACCGAGGCACCCCGCUCGGUUCCCACUACCGCUGCGUCGUCGAAUCGCUCACCACACUCGAGAGCAGCAUCGGCGAUGCCUGAAGCCCAGAGUGUUAUGGCCAAUGGAACAAGUGCUCAGGCACCCUCUGCCGGUAUCCCCGAUGAUGGCAAUCGUCAGAGCCACCACCCGCAGAGGCCGAAAAAGACAUCGAUCCAAGGUUCCACUGGGACGUGGGUGCUUGGAAAGACGAUUGGUGCCGGUAGUAUGGGGAAAGUCAAGCUCGCUAGGAGGUUGGAUGGCUCGGAGCAGGUUCGCAUCCCACCCGCUAUCUCUCACAGUGAUUAUGCGUUAUUGUUGCUUACCGGGACUUGCGUUGUGGAACUUAGGUUGCUGUCAAAAUCGUACCCAGGCAGGUUAUCCAGGACCAGGGAACGGACCCGGCGACCGGACAGCCAUACCCCCCUCGUCACGAUGACAGCAAAGAGGUUCGAACGGCUCGGGAGGCUGCUAUAGUUACUCUACUUGAUCACCCGUACAUAUGUGGGAUGCGCGACGUAAUCAAGACAAACAACCAUUGGUAUAUGCUUUGCGAGUAUGUGAAUGGCGGGCAAAUGUUGGACUACAUUAUUUCGCAUGGGCGACUGAAGGAAAAGCAAGCUCGUAAAUUUGGUCGCCAAAUUGCGAGUGCGCUUGACUAUUGUCAUAGGAAUUCGAUCGUUCACCGUGACCUCAAGAUUGAAAAUAUCCUAAUUUCGAAAACCGGUGAUAUAAAGAUCAUAGACUUUGGACUCUCAAAUCUGUUUUCCCCGAGAUCUCAUUUAAAAACCUUUUGCGGUUCUCUUUACUUUGCUGCUCCGGAGCUGUUACAGGCUAAACAAUACAUCGGUCCGGAGGUUGAUAUCUGGAGCUUUGGAAUCGUUCUUUAUGUUUUAGUCUGUGGGAAGGUUCCCUUUGACGACCAGAGCAUGCCCGCCUUGCAUGCGAAAAUCAAACGUGGGGUGGUUGAUUAUCCUCAAUGGCUUACUUCAGGUAUCGUGGACCUUUGAUGCUAUUGGGGUGCUAGCUUGCUGACAGAAAUAGAUUGCAGGAACUUACUCGCGCGGAUGCUUGUUACCGAUCCCAGGAACCGAGCUUCACUGCAAGAAAUCCUGCACCACCCCUGGUUGCUCAAAGGCUUCCAAGGGCCUCCGGAGAACCAACUUCCUCACCGGGAGCCGCUCACACUUCCGCUUGAUCCUCAAGUUGUUCAGGGGAUGACAGGAUUUGAGUUUGGGACCAGUGAGACCAUCACUGCGCAUCUCUCGAAGAUUGUUGAUUCGGAAGAUUAUCAGAGCGCCGUCCGGAAUGCAGCGAGCAAUACGCCCUUGACGUCACCAAAUCCGGAGAGGAAAAAGGGAUUUGGAUUUGAUUUCUACAAACGGCGCUCGUCAACAAGCUCGAAGGAUACACUGACAAACCCUAGUAGCGAGAUCUUAACACAUCCCAUGUAUCCAGACCCCAUCAACGCGUAUAAUCCACUUAUUUCUGUUUAUUACUUGGUUCGGGAGAAGUUGGAGAAAGAACACCGGUUGACGAAUCCACCUGUGCAGCUUCCGUCACCCGCUUCGGAUGCUGAAAAAUUCGCCAAGGUGACUAUACCUAAGCAGCCAGAGGCAGUUUAUACUAGUGAGACGAGUUAUGAGUUCAAGGGCGAACUCGUGUCCACAGGUGGAAGGACCCGCCCGAGGGCAAGAACUCACGGAGAUGAAGAAGUCUCCGAGGUGAUGAAAAAGGUCAAUCCUGGCGGUGUUUCGCUGCCACCUUCUCCUGUCAUCCCUCAACAUGUCAAGGGGGAGGCCGCCGCGACAAAGAAGGAGAGUGCUGUUGGCGGGAUGUUCAGGCGAUUUAGCACAAGAAGACAUAAUUCUUCCCGGAGUGAUGCGUCGAGAGCCGAUAUUAAACCACCGCCCCCACCAACCCUGUCUUUGCAGCCGCCGAGUGGUCCUCCACAGGCUGAUUUAGCAGCCCCACGGAAGAGCCUAUCGGUCCGGAGACCUCCGGGAUCCUCUCGCGGGGAACCAAAGUCUGCUAUCCAACCCGAUCUACUGACGCCCCCGACAACUUCGGAUGGGGGCUCAAAGCGGUCAAGCAAGCUGGGUAGAUCUACAAGUGUGUCCGAGGUUGAUUGGCGACGGAAGUAUAGCCGGAAUCACCCUGGUGACCCCCCAGGCACAAGUAGCUCCGAAAGGUCGAUCUCUGCUAGGGACGAUGGUGCUAUUAGUGACAGGGGUUCGAGCACAUCAAAGACUACCGCAACUCGGGCCAAAUCGUUAAGUCAUAGACGGAGAGAGGAGUCCUCCGGAAGCCAUCGUGGACGGAAGGACGAGGCUAUCGCAACUACAUUUGUACCUAAUGAAGUUCCGGAAGAGGAUGGUGCAGACGCAGCUACAUCAGUAGGAAGCGCGGAUGGACAUAACUCUACAACACUAUCUUCGGACUAUGUUAAACCGGUUUUCCUUAAAGGACUUUUCAGCGUGGCUACAACUUCUACUAAACCACCAGCUGAGAUCAGAAUGGACAUCAUCCGUGUUCUCAAGCAGCUCGGUGUGUCCUACAGGGAAAUUAAAGGUGGAUUUACCUGUGUUCACAGGCCUAGUAUCGAUCUUAAGAGUGUUCAAGAUAACCCUUCGUCUCCAUCUCCAGAGGUAAUGAACAUGGUCACUACACCGUCCCACCGAAGAAAACUCUCAUUCGGCGGGACCAACAGCAGUAACACGGGUCCGGGAGCAGGACAGUCGUCCCCACACAAGUCAAGCGGAAAGCGCAAUAGAGAACGCGCAGAUACCAGCUAUACUAACAGUGACGUUUCCAAUGAAUCCAUGCAUGACGGCGUCCUUGGUGGCUCCCUGAUCCUCCAAUUCGAAAUCUACAUCGUUAAGGUUCCGCUACUGGCCCUCCAUGGGGUCCAAUUUAAGAGCGUGAACAAGACGAAUACAUGGCAAUACAAGUCCUUGGCUAGCAGGAUUCUCGCGGAACUUAGACUC